AUGUCAAAAACAGCUGGGGAGACGUCUCACUUGGAGACAACCAUAUCGCAACAGCCUCAUGGAGUUCACGUCCCGGAAGAUGAACCAAUCGGUGGUUACCGUGUGGGCUGGCGGACUCUGAUGGCCAUUGUGGCCUUGUCAAUGGCGAAUGCGUGUGCUGCAAUCGCUAAUACGACUAAUACCAUCAUCCACUUCCAAGUCAUGAGCCUCGGCGACCCCAAGAAUGCCUCCUGGAUAGCCAAUGCCAACUUCUUGAUGACCUUGGCGUUUGGACCUGUCCUUGGGUCUCUGGGAGACCGAUUUGGCAAAAGGUGGUUCAUCAUCGUCGCCACCAUAUUCGGUGUCGUAGGAUCAUGCAUUUCGGGAUCAGCACAGAAGACCACCGUUGUCAUUGGUGGCAAUAUCCUCACAGGGCUUGCCAAUGCUGGAUGUAUCAUGGGCACACCUUCCGCCCAGGAAGUUACACCAGACAGAUUACGGCCCUGGACCAUGGGCUUUGGGCAGUUCCUGGCCAGCGUGGCUGUGAUCGGGGGCACCGUUGGCGACGGAGCUUUCGUCAAAUUCCACAGCUGGCGAUGGUCAUACUAUCUCAACGCGAUCUUCUAUGGGACCACAUCUGUGCUGGUUACUCUCUUUUACCACCCGCCCCCUCCUGGUUUACGUCGCCAGGGGGCCCGACUUGAAGAACUAGUCUCGAAAGUCGAUUACGUUGGCAUUCUCAUCUUCACUGGCUCUCUUGCGUCGAUCAUAAUCGGCUUCACCUGGGGCGGGACGACCUAUGCUUGGGAUUCACCCCAGGUCCUCGCCACACUGAUCGCUGGUUGUGCCGGCCUUGGCUUGUUUGGUAUCUAUGAAUGGUUGGUCGUCACCGAGGGUAUCUUGGACCACCGGCUCUUCCAGUCGCGCAACUUCCCCUUCUUGAGCUUCGUCUGCGUUAUCGACGGCAUGCUUCUCCUUGGCGUAAACCUCUUGUUCGCCCAAGAGAUCCCGACGCUGUUCACUGCUGAUCCGGUCCACAUCAGUGUGGUACUGACCCCUUACCUGGCGACCUCGGCUUUUGGCUGCAUUCCUGCUGGAGCCAUGAUGGCCCGUACCAAAUCAUACAGGGUCAUGCUCAUAGGAGCUCUGCUGUGGUGUGCCUUGUUCACUGGUCUCAUGGGCAUGCUGAAUCAAUCACGCCUGACCUGGGCUUACGCAUUCUCAGCAAUGUUUGGAAUUGGUACGGCAGUCACGACAGUAAUACCCAUCGUGGCACGCGCGCCUUCUGUGCCCUCUUUCCUCCUUGGUACAGCAGGAACUUUUAGCGUUUCAUGUCGUGCGCUGGGAGGAAUCAUCGGGAUUACCAUCUUCACGGCCAUCUACAACAACAGGAUAGCUGCCCGUUUGCCAGCCAACGUGGGCGCUGCCCUAGGCCGCGCUGGCCAAAUCGACCUCUUGCCCGACACAUUGAAUGCUUUGCAAAUGGGAGAUCCCAGCGCGUUGGAAAACGUACCAUGGCUAUCAGAGUCGCUCAUAUCCAGCAUACUCGGCGUUCAGACAGAUGCAAACGUAUACAGUUGA